AUGAGAUUCCUUUUGUUUGUCCCGCUGUUUCUUCUCAUCCACGUCGUCGCGGAAUCAAUCGAUUCCAACACUUUAUUCUUCCUCUCCGACGACUCGAAGACUGUCGUAGGCUAUGACGGUGCACUUCAUUGUCAAUCAUUCAGACACUUCUGUGCAUAUCUCGUUUAUAUUGAAAUCGACGCCGUCGGAGACGAUAUGAUCAAGAAAGUUCCAACACAAUGCACGGACACAGGAGUGCUGUAUCAUAAUGCGGCUGUUGUGUUCAAAGGCGGUGAUGGACCUGGGCAGCAUUAUGAACCCGGAGUUCAGAUUUUCCACGACUGCACCAGAAUCAGAAACAUCUGGCAGAUGACCAGUGCUUUGCCGACAGUGUCUAUGAGAAAUCGGUUUGUAAUGACUCAAUACUCAUUGAAUUUGUCAGUCACAAGUUACCCUGAUUACCACAACGGACCUAUUGAUACCAGCUCGUUCAAAUGGGUUAGUAAAAGUACCCACCCCAAUCUGUACAAAGACGACAGUCGCCGGUUCACGAAAGAGGAGUUGGAGGAUUACAAAGAUAGAUUCCCCUAA